AUAAAAUGAUAUGAUUAGACGUGCCAACACCUUGAGGUAUGCGUUUUCAAGAUGCAGCAACACCUAACCAAGAAGGUAUACAUGAAUUAUAUGAUAGUAUAAUGUUUAAUUUAUCAGUAAUAUUAGGAUUAGUAUCUUAUAUAUUAUAUGUUAUAAUUAAAGAUUAUAAAGAUAGACCUUUAUACUAUAAAUACUUAAAACAUGGACAAACAUUAGAAAUAAUAUGAACAAUAUUCCCAGGAGUAGUAUUAUUAAUAAUGGCAUUUCCUAGUUUUAUAUUAUUAUAUAUAAAUGAUGAAGUAUUAACACCUUCAUUAACUAUUAAAGUAGUAGGAUUACAAUGAUAUUGAAAAUAUGAAUAUUCUGAUUUUGUAGGUAAUACAGGAGAAACAAUUGAAUAUGAAUCAUAUGUUAUACCAGAAGACAUGUUAGAAGAAGGACAAUUAAGAUUAUUAGAUACUGAUACAUCAAUAGUUGUACCUGUAGAUACUCAUAUAAGAUUUAUUGUAACUGCUAAUGAUGUUAUACAUUCAUUUGCAUUACCAUCAUUAGGUAUUAAAGUUGAUGCUACACCUGGUCGUUUAAACCAAGUUAGUGCUUUAAUAGAAAGAACUGGUGUAUUUUAUGGUCAAUGUAGUGAAUUAUGUGGUGUUAACCAUGGGUUAAUGCCUAUCAAACUAGAAUGUGUACCUAUUGGUGACUUUGUAGAAUGAUUAAAUGAACAAGAAAUUGUUUUAUGUUUAUGUAGCUUAAUGGUAAAGCAAUGUACUGUUAAUACAUUGAUCUUGGUUCAAUUC